AUGGGGUUUCUGACAGAUCAAUCGCUAACCAAGAUCUGUUUCCAGGUUACCGCUGUAUUACUUAUCGCUCAGUUACUUCGUCUUGUUCGUCGCUGGUCUCGUCUACGCCAUAUUCCUGGUCCAGCCGGCGCUGGAUGGUCUUCAUGGUGGCAGUGUCGAGGAGCUCUUAGCGGUCACUAUCAUGAGCAUUUAAAGAACGCAGCAGAUCAAUUCGGCCCUCUUGUUCGUAUUGGUCCCAACGAGGUUCUAUCAACAGACCCUGUUGUGCUGCGUAGCAUGUCUGCUGUGCGAAGCACUUAUACAAAAGGCGACUUUUAUAGCAGCGGCAGGGUAGUCCCUGGUGUUGAUAAUGUCGUCUCUGAGAGAGAUGAGGCCAAACACAAAGCCAUGAGAAUAAAGAUGGCCCCCGGUUAUUCUUACAAGGAGAAUGAAGGUUUCGGUUUUGAGGCAGGCAUAGAUCGUCAACUCCUCAACUUCAUCUCCCUCAUCGACCGAAAGUACCUCUCAACUACAAGCGAAUCACGACCUCUUGACCUUGCCGAAAAGACACAGUUCUUUGCCUUGGAUGUCAUUGGAGAUGUAUCUUUUGGUGAAUCAUUCGGCUACCUGGCCAAAGAUGAAGAUCUCUUCCAAUACAAUGAGAUAAAUGCGAGUUCACUUCCAGUCAUGAACAUGGUAUCCGUCUGCCCCUGGCUAGGAAGGGUUGUUCAUCGGUGGCCGCUGAGUCUGUUGCUACCGCGGGAAAAGGACCAGGUUGGCUUUGGGCGACUGAUGGGCUUCGCAAGACACUUUGUUCGCAAAAGACUUGCUGACGGUGUCACGAAGAGGAACGAUAUGAUGCAGAUGCAUAUCAACAGCGGCAUGAAUGAGGAGGAACUUAUCCAACAAGCCUUCAUCUCAAUUAUCGCUGGUUCUAACACAACCGCACACGCGCUUCGUAUGAUCAUCCUUUCUCUCAUCACAAACCCAACAGCAUACCGCUCCCUCAUUGCCGAGAUCCGAAGGGUCGCCUCAUCAGACAGCAAUCCCAUCUCCUGGGCACAGACGCAAACGCUACCAUAUCUUCAAGCCGUCGUUCGCGAAGGUCUGCGCAUGUGGCCGCCAGUAGCUGGUCUUGGUUUCAAGCAAGUACCGCCGGAGGGCGAUACCAUCAACGGCUUUUUCGUCCCCGGCGGAACGCAAGUUGGUCAGGGGUUCUACGCCGUUGGUCGAUCGCGUCUUGUCUGGGGCGACGAUGCAGAUGUGUUUCGGCCUGAGCGAUGGCUAAUCGCUGGUGAAGACAGGCUAAGGGACAUGAUAGCGGCGCUCGACACACAUUUCGGACAUGGUAAAUAUUCAUGUUUAGGAAAGCCAAUUGCUCUCAUGGAGAUUCACAAGGCUGUUUUCGAGUUGAUUAAACGCUACGACUUUGCUGUAUUAAACGCUGAAAGACCAAUCAAGACCCAGACUUCAGUCUUCCUCUUUACCUCGGAUUUUUGGGUCACAAUCACCAGGCGUGAUGACCCAGAGAACUAA